CUUGCUUUAUACAUUUCACCUAAUAUCAGUUUACAGCUUUUUGGUCUUGCAGACCGGAGUAUCAUCGACUUCGUACAGGCUUCAGCAUCGACAUCAAAAACACCAGACGCUCUCUUCUCCUCUCUCUCCACUUCUGGCCUUCCAAAUACACCCGACGCACAUGUAUUCGUCAACGAGCUCUUCUCUCGCGUUCCCAGGAAAAGCAAACACAAAUCUUCCGCAGACAACACACGGAAGCAAGCGGAGAAGGAGGCAAAGGCAUUGAAUGCCCGCAGGUUUGAGUUUUUGCUUGAAGAUGAGGCUACCCCUGAUGUUUCGGAGUUGAAGGGGAAGCGCAAGGAGGGAAGUAGCAGCAAGGAGAAGCGCAAAGAGGACAGAGGAAGUGGUAAGGAGAAGCGUGACCGACAUUUGAGGAAGAGAGAGCAUGAUAGCAGGGAGUGGGAAAGCGAUGAGGAAGAGAAACAUCGCAAGCGACGGAAACCAGAUGAUGUUGAAACCAAUGCGGAUGAAGAGGCAAUGGAUAUUCCAGAGGAUGAGGAUGAAAGAAAAGAACGAGAGCGGAUACAGGAUAUGAAGGAACGAGACGCGUUUGCUGAGCGGGUGCGUGAAAAAGAUCGGGAAAAGACAAAAAAAGUCGUCGAGGACCACUCCUCUCGUAAUGCAGGUGCAGCAGCCGAGGCUGCACAACGUCGACAACUGGCAGAUGACGCUGAAGCACGGACACAUGCACUCCCUUCACUGCGGUUGCACUCUCGGCAGGAAUAUCUGACCAAACGUGAGGUGCAGCAGAUUGAGCUCCUGAGGAAGGAGAUCGCGGACGAGGAGGCCUAUUUCCAUGGAAUGAAGCUCACGAAGCAGGAGCAAGAGGACUUGGAGCGCAAGAAAGAGAUUCUGCGGCUUGUUGAGGAACGUCUCAAGAUCAAUGACAAGUGGGAUGGUUAUAUGCUACCGGAAGACUACAUCACAGAGCAGGGAAAAAUCGACAAGGAGAAAAAGCAGAAUGCACUUUACAAGCGGUACGAAGAGGCCAAACCCAAGGAUGAUCAGUUUGUUACAGACGUCGACCAGUGGGAGGCUAGUCAAACGUUGCACAGCACAUUCCGGACGGGCGCUAUGGACAAAAGGGAGGUCCCCGACGAUUACGAGUACGUGUUUGACGAAAGCCAGACCAUUAAGUUCGUCAUGGACCAGACGCUCAAGGGGGAGGGAAUGAUGAGUGCCAAGGACAAACUCUUGCACCAACAAAUUCAAGAGGCUGAACAACGAGCGCAAACCAUUGAUGAAACCCGCAAAUCUUUGCCAAUAUACACAUACCGAGAGCAACUGCUGGAGGCCAUUAAGGAGCACCAGGUGCUUAUCGUCGUUGCUGAGACCGGUUCAGGCAAGACAACUCAGCUUCCGCAGUACCUGCACGAAGCCGGGUACACAGCCAAUGGACAAAAAGUGGGUUGCACGCAACCUCGCCGCGUGGCUGCCAUGUCCGUAGCGGCGCGCGUUGCUGAGGAGAUGGGUACCAAAGUUGGGUACGAAGUAGGCUAUUCCAUCCGAUUCGAGGACUGCACGAGCGACAAGACAGUGCUCAAGUACAUGACAGACGGAAUGCUCCUUCGAGAGUUCCUGACUGAACCCGAUUUAGCCGGAUAUGCAGCGCUGAUUAUUGACGAGGCACACGAGCGGACUCUGAGUACGGAUAUUCUUUUUGCUCUUGUCAAGGUGUGUGGUGCUACUUCUCACAGUUCGCUUCAGGAUAUCGCGAGAUUCAGGCCUGAGCUGAGAUUGUUGAUUUCAAGCGCGACCAUGGAUGCUGAAAAGUUCAGCGAGUACUUUGACAAUGCACCGGUGUUUUAUGUUCCUGGGCGUCGAUACCCAGUCGACAUUCAUUAUACACCACAACCAGAGGCCAAUUACCUGCACGCAGCCAUCACUACCAUAUUUCAGAUACAUACAACACAGCCCAAAGGCGACAUCCUUGUGUUCUUUACGGGCCAAGACGAGAUCGAAGCAGCCCAAGAAAAUCUGCAGGAGACAGCUCGGGCACUGGGGAACAAGAUCGCCGAAUUAAUCGUUUGUCCAAUCUACGCCAACUUGCCCAGCGAUAUGCAAGCCAAGAUCUUUGAGCCGACGCCAGAUGGCGCAAGGAAGGUCGUGCUCGCUACAAACAUCGCAGAGACAUCGAUCACUAUCGAUGGUGUGGUUUUCGUUAUCGAUCCCGGAUUUGUCAAGCAAAACUCGUACAACCCUCGUACUGGCAUGUCUUCCUUGAUCGUGGUUCCUUGUUCUCGUGCAUCAGCCAACCAAAGAGCAGGUCGUGCAGGUCGUGUGGGGCCUGGCAAAGCUUUCCGGCUAUACACGAAAUGGGCGUUUUCAAACGAGCUCGAGGAAAAUACCGUACCUGAAAUCCAGCGGACGAACCUUGGGACGACUGUCUUGUUGCUAAAAUCACUCGGGAUUAACAACUUCAUGGAUUUUGAGUUUAUGGACCCACCUCCGGGAGAGACGCUUAUCAGGGCACUAGAGCUGCUCUAUGCUCUGGGGGCAUUGAAUGACCGUGGGGAGCUGACGAAACUGGGUCGACGGAUGGCAGAGUUCCCUGUUGAUCCUAUGUUGUCUAAAGCCAUCAUUUCGAGCGAGAAGUACUCGUGUACUGACGAGGUACUGACCAUUAUAGCAAUGCUCUCCGAGUCUUCGUCGUUGUUCUAUCGUCCCAAAGACAAAAAGAUGCAUGCAGACCAAGCACGUCAAAAUUUCAUUCGCACAGGAGGAGAUCACUUCACGUUGCUCAACGUCUGGGAGCAAUGGGCCGAUACGAAUUAUUCGCAACAGUUCUGCUACGAGCAAUUCUUGCAGUUCAAGAGUCUCAGUCGGGCGCGGGAUAUUCGGGAUCAACUUGCUGGGCUUUGCGAGCGUGUCGAAGUCGUUAUUCAGAGUAAUCCGAACGCAAAUGACAUCAGCCCUGUGCAGAAAGCUAUCACGUCGGGGUACUUCUACAAUACUGCCCAACUUCAGAAGAGUGGUGACUCUUACCGGACGCUGAAGACGCAUCACACCGUAUAUAUCCACCCCUCAUCAAGUCUUUUCCAGCACCAACCGCCUGUUAAAACCCUGCUAUAUUAUGAGCUUGUCAUGACUUCGAAAUCAUACAUGAGGCAAGUCCUUUUUCCGACAAGCUACAUACAUGCACAAAUCAUGGAAAUCAAGCCAUCAUGGCUAAUGGAAGGCAAGUACUAUCUCGCUCCUCAUUACUUCAAAGCUGCUGACCUGGAGCAGUUGACCACUGGUGAUAAAAAGUUGCCCAAUGCGAAAGCGGUUGGUUCGUCG